AAGUACUUCCACGUUUGUUUUGCCAUGUUGGAAACGCAGCAAGAUACCCAACCGGAACGUGAUAUUAAUGAUAUAUUUGAUGACAUUAUCCUAACCGAAGAACGUUUAGUGGAGAAAAGCUAUAAAGAAGGUUUUGCUGAAGGUUGCCAACAGGGAAACGCUGAUGGUUACCGUUUGGGUUUCGCUCAGGGUUUACAACUGGGAGAAGAAUUGGCCGAGAUUUUUGGUUUAAUUACCGCCUUACAGCAGCAAAACAAACAUACUGAUAAAGUGAAACGUUGUAUGGAACAGUUGAAAAGUUUAAUUGAAGAAUUUCCUAGAGAAAACGAUCCUGAGGCAGAUAUAGUUGGUGCCCUGGAACAGAUAAGAAAUUUAAAUAAAAGAUUGCGUGUUUCAUUGGGACUGAAGAACACAACUACGGAUUCACCUAUAAAGGAAGAAGAAAGGAAAGAUUUAUCAUUUUAAGCAAAAAAAAGAAAUAAUGUCCUGCCAAAUUUUGCAAAAGCGAGUGGACAGUAUACUGCAGUUUAUGUCCCCACAUUGGUCUUGGGUUAAUUGCCAUAUGGUUAAUUAUUUAACCGACAAUCACUGGCAUAACUUUGUGCCUUCAGAGCUGCAUAAUGAGUUAAAUAAUUGCUAUACUUUAGAUGAAUGUAUAGAGGAGGUUUUUUGGAAUUUACCAGCUUAUGUGGAAGAAUCGUCGACUACGCAAAAAUUUCCGAAGUUUGUAAAAUUUAGACGUUUGGCUCAGCAACAUAGUUUACAUAGUUUUAGUGAUGUUAUAUUAACAGCAACAGAAUUUGAGGAAAAAGUGCUGGGAGUGCCAAAAGAAACAACUCUACAGAUAAAAAUUAAAGAAUUUUUAACCGAAAAGAAACAGCAUGAGGUGGAAAUUACUGCGGGUUUGGUUAAUAAUUUAAUAACUAACAGCAUUUGGCGAGAGCAGGCUAUUAUAGUAGAUGCUGGUGAUGGUAAGGGUUAUUUAUCCUCACGUUUGGCUUUGGAAUAUGGCCAUAACGUUUUGGGCAUUGAUAGUAAUACAGCCAAUACGCAAAAUGCCAUAGAGAGAAGUAAAAAGUUAAAGAAAGCUUGGAAUGGCCUAAAGGAAAGAGCUGAAUUAGAAUCCAAAGGUCUAACACCAGCCAGACGCGGUAAUUUAAAACAAAAGUUGCAACAGAAAAACCUAGUUGAAGACAAAUUGCCGGUUAGUCAAGAAAAUGACAACUACAAGACCAUAGAUAAAUUUAUAACCUCCGAUAUGGAUUUGGUGGGACUAAUACAACAACAAUUUCCCGAAAAUGCUAACCAAGCAACAAUGCCCUCCAUAUGUUUGACUGGCCUGCAUACUUGUGGCAAUCUGGCGGCCACCUGUUUAAAACUUUUUCACACCCAAAUUAGUUGCAAACUAAUGUGCAAUAUCGGCUGCUGUUAUCAUCUGCUAAAGGAACAAUUUUCAACAGACGAAUUCUUUGGCAAUAAACAAAUAUCGGACUUAAAUCAAGAAAUAGGUUUCCCACUUAGCUCCUAUCUAAAAGCAAAAGAAGUAAAAUUAGGACGCAAUGCACGCAUGUUGGCGGCUCAGUCUAUAGAGCGGGUAAUGGCUGCUAAAGAAUUGCCCAAUAUUUCUUUAUACUACCGUGCCUUGCUGGAGUUGUUAAUAUGUGAAGAACACAAGGAUUUAGAAAAUACUGUACAGGUGGGCAAAAUACGUAAAUUCAGUAAUUUUAAAGAGUAUGUAGAUUUGUGUAGAAAAAAGUAUCCGGAUUUAAAUUUAAAGGCGGAGAGGAUAGAUGAAAUUUUCACUGCCCAACAGUUAAGUGGGAAUAAAAAGUAUUUAGAUUUAUUUUAUUUAUUACGCAUGACAUUUGCUCCGGUUUUAGAGUCACUUAUAUUAUUAGAUCGUUUAUUGUUUUUGAGAGAGAAGGGUUAUGAACAAAGCUAUCUAAUACCGGUAUUUGAUCCGGUUGUUUCUCCCAGACAUUUUGCCAUAGUGGCUAUUAAAAAUCAAUAAAAUUAAAAAUAAAUUUCGAAUUAGGCCCUUAAACUCAUUAGUAAUUGAUAAAAGGAGAAAGAAAUUGUCAGUGGUCCAUAUUCUGGAUUAUAUUCUACUCUAGGGCUAGUCUACUCUAUAGUCUGGGCUAUAUAGGCAAGAGUAGGACUGUUACAAGGAUAAAGAGGGCAAUUUGACUUUCAAGAGGACAACUGGUAGUUAUGACGCUAAACACACCGCUCCAGCUUCGUAAACAUCGUACAUGGACAACACAGAAAUUUAUAAAGAAAACCACAUCUAUUAAAAAAUCCACAGUUUUAUUAAAUUUUUCUUUCUUUUUUAUAAAAUAAAAUGAAUUCAA